AUGGCAAAGUUACGAAGUAUCUUCAAAAAACAUCUGAUCCCUAACCUGGAGCGCAAAUGUCGCCUGUGCCUGUCGGAUAAGUCGGAAAUCGUACAGUCAAUCUUCCAGUCGGAAAACAGCAAGGAAACAACCGAUACGCUUGUGGAGAAAAUAUUCGAAUGUACGGCAAUAAUGCUCUCCAAGGAUUUCGACUUCCCGUCACCCAUCUGCGAAGACUGUGCGCUGAAGUUGGAUGAGUUCCUGCUGUUUCGCACGAAAUGUUUGCGUAGUAACGAGAUCUAUCGAUUCAAUCGCCUUCACAAACAACGGCUACUGUUCACCAGGAAACCGCUCCAGGAGGACGUUAGUUCUGUGGCGGGUGAUAAACCCGACACAGAGUCAACUGGAUCAACAGAUGAGCCGGACGGGGUUGGUACUGUCGAGGAAGUUGUUGCUCCGUUGGCGUACCCAAUUCCUUCGGUCGUUAUCGCUGAGGCAAGCGCAUCAAGUAGCUCCGACAGUCGGACGGUGAUAGAGGCGGACCAGCUCGGUACUGAAGCUGUCCCUGUGACGGAGGAUGAAGCAGAGAUGGGAUCAACGCUGCAGAACGGACUAACAGAAGCUGAGGAGGAAUCACCAAUGCAACAACAAGAUAGGGAUGUGGAAUGCAAUGGUAAUCAUCAAGGAUCAUCCUCUGGGCUGGAUGAACCAGACGAUGCGUGUAUUCCAAAGCGGAAACCACCACCAGAUCCGGAUGAUAGUGAAAGCACCAGUAGACUUUCUCCCGCACCCGUAGUACUUCUCAUGGACGAAACGGACACUACCGUUAGCGAGACAGAAGAUGUUGAAGAGGUAAUACUCCUGCCAGCGGAGCUUCUGAACCCAUGCGCUGCGGGCGAAGAGCAAAUGGAAGAUAUCGAGAGCGUUAAAUUCCCCAUCGAAACGAUCGAACAGCUGGAACAGUUGGAACGAUUGGUCCGGUCAAGCGACACUGCAAGGGAACGCUAUAUUAACAUCCUUCGGCGGCUCAAAACACACGAUACCUCGCUCAGUGACACAUAUCAACGGUUGUUCGCGGACAGGCUGCUGAUCCACUACAAUUACGAUGGCAUCUCGCCAAAGUAUAACAAGCGACCACUGAAAACGUUGCUGCUGUUCACAGAUUGUAUGGCUGUGGCCUGGGAGGACCAUAUGGAUGUCGGUAGGAUCAGAGAAGCUGUAAUAGAGGCUGUGAGAAAAUCCCAUAACCGUUACAAUCAGUUUAACCAUCGUAAGCGUGCCAGGUAA